CUCCCUGCCUCAUAAGAAACCCCAUGUCACCGCUGCUUCUGGUCACACACAUUCACCCUCCAUCUCUCUGUCCAUCUCCUUCCCUCACCCCAAACACCUUCCCCCAGUCGUGUCCCCCCCCCCCCCCCACACCCUCCCAUAACCCCAUCACCAUGGCCGACCCCAGCUGGUGAGCCAGGGGAACCCAGGCGUCCCGCUCCAGUGAUUCAGUGCCCAGGGCAGCAGUGAAGAGGGCGACCACCCCAGACAGAAGGCAGCUGUAGCUAUGGGGACCCCCCAGGGCUACCAGGCAUCGUGGUGGGUCUACCUGCUGCACCAGGCACCACGCACCAAUUUCCAGUUCGAGGUGGUGAGAAACGACUUCGCCCCGCAGGACUGGUCCUACCAGCAGGCCCUCCUGUUCCUGGCUAGCACCGCUGGGCUCUGCCUGGCCAUCAGCCUGGUCCUCAUCUGCAUCUACCUGAUCCGGUUUUGCUGCUGCGACCCAGAGGAGGAUGAGCCCAAAGCGCAGAGGGUUUGCUGGGUCACCUGGAGCUGUGUAGCAGCUGUCAUCGUCUGCUGUGCAGGGAUCGGGAUCGGCUUCUAUGGGAACAGCGAAGCCAACGAUGGGGCGAACCAGGCCACGUACGCGCUGCUCAACGCCAACCACACACUACGUGCCAUCGACAUGCUGGUCUGGCAGACAGUGGGGCUGUUGUCAGCGGCUGUGCGGGGGGACCUAACACGGCUGGAGGAGAUGCUGGCUCCGCGCACUGAGCUCCUGGCUGUGGUGAGGAACACACGACGCCAGGCUGAGGCUGUGGCCCACACCCUGGGGGGUCUCCCCUUCUGGGGGGAUGCAGGGAGCAACCCCAGCCAGCUGGCCGAGUACCUCGCCUUCCUGGAAGAGUACAGAUGGCUGGCAUAUAUCCUGCUGCUGCUUCUGGACCUGGGCAUCUGCCUCUUCACCCUGCUGGGCCUGGCCAAGCAGAUCAAGUGGCUGGUGAUCGUAAUGACUGCGAUGAGUUUCCUGGUUCUCCUCCUGAGCUGGGGAUCCAUGGGGCUGGAGACGGCAGCAGCCGUGGGACUCAGUGACUUCUGUUCCGAUCCUGAUGGCUACGUCAUAAACUCAACCCAGGCCCAUACUGAACUCAACCCAGAAAUCCUGCAGUAUUACCUCAUCUGCAGCCAAGAUGUCCCCAACCCCUUCCAGCAAAGGUUGACCCUGUCUCAGCGGGCGUUGUCCAACAUCCACUCCCAGCUCUAUGGCCUGGAGAGAGAGGCUGUCCCACAAUUUCCUGGAGCCGAGAAGACCCUGCUCUCGCUCCGGGGGACGCUGAACACCACAGAGAGCAACUUCCACCACCUGGUCGCCCUCCUCAACUGCAGGGGGCUGUACAAGGACUACGUAGACAUGCUGAAGGGACUGUGCCAGGAUGGCCUGGAAGGGCUGCUCUUCCUGCUGCUCUUCUCCCUGCUCUCAGCAUUGGCCUUCACCACAGCUGUCUGCAGCUUGCCCCGGGCCUGGGCACGCUUCCAGAGCCGGGACUCGGACUACGAUGACAUGGAGGAUGACGACCCCUUCAGCCCCCAGGAGUCAAAGCGCUUUGUUCAGUGGCAGUCGUCGAUAUGAGAACAUGCCCCUCAUUGACCGGUGCUCCCCGCCCCCCUCGUACUCACCGAGCAUGCGGGCAUCCUACGCUGGUGCUGCCCAUGAAGAACCGGACAUACAGUACCGAACCGAAUUCCUGACCUAGAUCCUGACCCCUGGAUCCCACCCCUCCCCACCCCGACUAACACAUGGACUAGCUUCUGCCCCGCCAGCUCUGCUGGGCCUGACAGACCCCAAACUGACCCACUGGGGGCCAUGGGGGGGGGGGGGAGGACAAGGAGAGCCUGGGACUGCCCCUCCCCCAUUGCCAUGUCUGUCUGUCUGUUCAGCUGGCCAAGCACCUUGGGGGGGGGAGGGGUUGGAAGAGGAGGUCAGGAAAGAAUUGGGGGAGGGGGGCAGCUAAUGAAGGGAUGGAAGGAAAGAAAGGGUGAAUGGGAGAGACUGAAAGGGUGGGUGCGUGGGUGAAUGAAUGGAUGAGUGUGGAAGAGAAAGACAAAUUAAAUAUCCCUGAUGAAAAGUCAGUGAGAGAAACUGCACAGGGGAGAAGGAGUACGAGCGUGUUCAGAGGAACAAAGAAAGAAAGAUUAGAGGGAUAAACAUGACUACAUGGGAGAGGGAUAACUGGAGGAGAGCAAGUGUGGAAUAACAGAAUGGAUGAGGGGAAGAGGGAAUGAAUGAAUGAAUGGAACGGAUGGAGUGACUGAAGAAAGCAAUAGGGAAAUAAUGAGAAGAUGAAAGAAUGAAUGAUGGAAUGAAUGGGGAAAAGAUGGAAAAAAUGACAAGAAUAAAAGCCUAAGGCAACACAAGAAAAAAAGGGAUGAAUGUAAAAAUUGAGCAAAAGGAAGAAUGUGGAAGAACCAGAAAUGAAUGAGAGCAAAAGAAUGGGGAAAUGAGUGAGAGAGGGACUAAGUGGGGGAGAACAUGAAUGAGGAGAAAUGAACAAGUGGAAGAGAAUUCGCAAGCAUGAAAAAGAGUGAAUGGGAAAGAAAACCUGAAGAAGGGCUCAAAGCAGAGACAAGGAGGUGACAAGACAGAGCACAGGGCUGGGAGGGAGCUGAGCAAGACAGGCUGGGGGCCGGGCCAGGCCAGGCCUGUGGCCCUAGCAUAUUAACUGGGACCCCAAGCCCCGCAGCCAGGCAGCUGUAGCCUGCAAUGCCUACCCUGGGCUGUAGAGCAGGCAGAGGAGGGAGGAGAUUAAUGUGAGCCCAGGAGAUGCCCCCACCUGCCUGCCCGCAGUCCUAAUUAGAGCCUCGGCCACUAACGAGCACUUCCUCAACCAGAUGGAGAAAUAAAAGAGAAAUGUUCUUUUAAAUGGA